ACGAGUACGAGUGACGAAAUACGUAGUUUUACUAUACUACGCACAUUUCUGUAUAAUGGAAUGCUAGUUGCUUUCAAUCGUAUAAGACCAAGAAUAUCUCUCUCUCUUAGCUCUACUGCCUUAAAGUCAUCUAGAAAAAUGUCUAAUCCGCAAGGGGAGACGCAUAAUUUUCCCAAAGAAGAAGAGAAGGUUUUAGAGUAUUGGAAGAAAAUUGAUGCAUUCAAAACAUCUUUGAAGUUAUCCGAAGGUAAACCGAGAUUUACUUUUUAUGAUGGACCUCCAUUUGCUACUGGACUACCCCAUUAUGGGCAUAUAUUGGCUGGGUCAAUUAAGGAUGUUGUAACUCGUUAUGCUCACCAAUCAGGGUUUCACGUAGAAAGAAGGUUUGGAUGGGAUUGCCAUGGCUUACCAGUUGAAUUCGAAAUCGAUCAGAAACUUGGAAUAAAGGGACCUGAUGAUGUACAGAAAAUGGGUAUAACUGCAUACAAUAAAGAGUGCAGGGCGAUUGUAAUGAGAUAUGCAAAGGAAUGGGAGAAUGUUGUUUCUCGUCUUGGGAGAUGGAUCGAUUUCGAAAACGAUUACAAAACUUUGUAUCCAUCAUUUAUGGAAUCAGUAUGGUGGGUGUUUAAGCAACUGUUUGAAAAAGGAAUGGUAUACAGAGGAUUUAGAGUUAUGCCCUAUUCAACAAAAUGCAAUACUCCACUUUCAAAUUUUGAAGCCAACCAAAACUACAAAGAUGUUAUUGAUCCUACUGUUAUUGUGAGUUUUCCACUGGAUGAAUCUCCGGACGUUAGCAUGAUUGCCUGGACAACUACUCCUUGGACAUUACCUAGCAAUUUGGCUCUUGUUGUCAACCCAGAUUUUAUGUAUGUAAAAGUAAAAGAUAAUUCUAAUGAAAAAGUGUACAUUAUGAUGGAAGAUAGACUGGAAUCAUUAUUUAAGAAUAAUACAGAGUACACUAUCAUUAGCAGAUUUCCAGGAAGAGAUUUGAAAGGAAAGACCUACAAGCCUUUAUUUCCGUAUUUUGAAAAGCUUAAGUCAAGUGAUGGAGCUUUUCAAAUACUUGUUGAUGGUUAUGUGACAAAUGAUAGUGGUACCGGAAUCGUACAUUCGGCUCCUGCCUUUGGAGAGGAUGAUUAUCGUGUUUGUUUGGAAAAUGGAAUUUUAAAGCGCGGGGGUAAACUACCAUGUCCAGUUAAUGAAUCAGGUAUUUUUACCGAAGAAGUUGAAGAUUUUAAGAAUAUCUAUGUUAAGGAUGCUGAUAAACUAAUCGCAAAGAAGUUAAAAGAAUUAGGUCGAUUGGUCCACCAAGGCAACAUGAAACAUAGUUAUCCAUUCUGUUGGAGAUCAGAUACUCCACUUAUCUACAAAGCUGUUCCCGGUUGGUUUAUUCGUGUUGAGAAUAUUGUUCCAAAUCUAUUAAAAAAUAAUCAAGAUUCUUAUUGGGUUCCUGAGUUUAUAAAGGAGAAACGCUUUCACAAUUGGUUAGAAAAUGCAAGAGAUUGGAAUGUUUCAAGAAAUCGAUACUGGGGUACCCCUAUGCCAUUGUGGGCGAGUGAAGAUUUUGAAGAGGUAAUUUGUAUCGGUUCAGUUGAUGAACUUCACAAGCUUUCUGGUAUUAAAAUAUCUGAUCUUCAUAGAGAAAAUGUUGAUAACAUAACAAUACCUUCAUCAAAAGGUAAUGGUACUUUAAAAAGGGUUCCAGAAGUAUUUGACUGUUGGUUUGAAAGUGGCAGUAUGCCAUAUGCUCAAGCACAUUAUCCAUUUGAAAACAAAGAGGAAUUUGAAAAGUCGUUUCCUGCUGAUUUUAUAGCUGAAGGAGUUGAUCAAACUCGUGGUUGGUUUUAUACAUUGUUAGUUAUAUCAACUCAUUUGUUCAACAAACCGCCAUUCAAGAAUCUUAUUGUAAAUGGUCUUGUUUUAGCCGCAGAUGGAGAGAAGAUGAGUAAACGAAAGAAAAACUAUCCAGAUCCUCUAUCUGUCAUUGAUAGAUAUGGUGCAGAUGCAUUAAGACUGUAUCUUAUUAACUCCCCAGUUGUUCGAGGUGAAACUCUAAAGUUUCGAGAAGAAGGAGUACGUGACAUUAUCAAGGAUGUGUUUUUACCAUGGUUUAAUGCCUAUAGAUUUUUAAUGCAGAAUAUACGAGUUCAGGAAAAAGAUCAUGCUUUUAAAUUUGUUUUUGAUCCAUCAAAAGUUGAACGUUCAGACAAUAUUAUGGAUCGUUGGAUUAUAUCGUUUACGCAAAGUCUUUUGCUUUUUAUUAAGCAAGAAAUGGCGGCUUAUCGUCUUUACACUGUUGUUCCUCGUUUAAUGAAGUUUAUUGAUAAUUUAACUAAUUGGUAUGUGCGUUCAAACAGGAAGCGUUUAAAGGGUGAAUCCGGACCUACAGAUGGUUUACAAGCACUGCAGACAUUGUUUAAUGUAGUUUAUACAAUGGUAGGCGUGAUGGCUCCUUAUACUCCGUAUUUAACAGAACAUAUGUAUUUGAAUCUUAAAGGUUUUCUUGUUGAAGAUGGUGUUGAUCCAAAAACUAAAGAAAGUGUUCAUUAUCUAAUGUUGCCACAACCUAGAGAAGAUUUGAUUUUCUUGGAUGUUGAACGAGCUGUGUCUCGAAUGCAAACGGUUAUAGAGUUAGGAAGGGUCACUCGUGAUAGAAAAACAUUGCCUUUAAAAUAUCCACUUCCAUCCAUUGUAAUUCUUCACAGUGAUGAACAAUACAUGAAAGAUAUUUUAUCAUUGCAGCAUUACAUUCGUGAGGAACUGAAUGUAAAAUUAGUAACUACUUCCAAUGAUAAAGAAUUAUAUGGACUUCGACUAAAAGCUGAUUUAGAUUUUCAAGCUCUUGGAAAGCGUCUAAAACAAGACUUUAAGAAAGUUCAAGAAGCCAUUAAUGAUGUUACUGAAGAUGAACUCAAAGCAUUUAAAACUGUUGGUAAACUUCUUGUUGCUGGACAUGAGUUAUUUGAAAAUGAAGUUAAGAUUAACUAUUCCUUUGUUAACAACAAAACAACCAAUAUGUUUGAACCACAUUCCGACGGAGAGGUAGUAAUUUUAUUAGAUACAACUCCUGAUGAAUCAAUGUUAGAUGAAGGAAUAGCAAGAGAAAUAAUUAAUCGAAUGCAAAAGUUGCGGAAAAAGGCUGGUCUUGUUCCUACUGAAGAGAUAACAGUAGUUUUCGAAAUUAUUGCAGAUAAAGAUGUUUCCGCAUUUGAAAAACUUAGUUUAGUUGCAAAAUCGCAUUUAAAUUAUAUGGUUGAUAGCAUUAAACAGCCUGUUGUCCUUGCACCAGGGCCUUCUUUACUAGAAGAAAUUAUAAAUGAAGUAGUUGACUGUAAAGGAGCAAAACUCAAACUAAAAAUUUUACGUGGUCGCCAAACAGAUAAUUUAAACAGAAUAGAACCUUAUUGUAGAUUUAUAAAUAUAGAAUUAGUCCAUAGUUGCGGAGAAACUGCUAAAUCUAAUCAUGGAACAUUAUUAUUAGAAAAUCCCUUUGGUAACUGUUUUUUAACGAAAGCGGAAAUGUUGAAACAGAUCAAUAAUAUAUUUGGCAUUAAUGGUUCAUACGUAGUUUCACCAAGUCCAGACCUUAAACAAGAUAUCGAAGAACCUUUAACUAAAUACCACGGAAAGACACUGUACGUGGGCAAAUCCACUAAAUGAAAAAUCUAAAUUAUUAUUUAUGUAUUAUAUUUAGGCGAAACAACUAUUUAAAAGCAAAUGAUUAA